AUGGAUUUGUCUAACGAGUUUUGUGCUGUCUACAAGCUUGCUUCUUGCGAAAACAGUACCAGGAUUCUGGUACAUUAGUAGCUUAGCCAUGUCAGUCGAUACUAAUCAGGUUGCAAGGCGGUGCGAGGAACCAUCCACACUCCCGCAGUCUUAGCUCAGCAACGUGCUGACAACAUGUCUCCCUGUUUUUAAAUAAGUUCCUACCCGAAGCUCGGGUGCAUUUUGAGCCGACUCAAAAUACCCCUUCACCCAAUCGUGAAACCCGCUAGUUCUCGGAUGGACGAUGACCAUGAUGUGGGUAGCUACUAUCGCGGCUCCAGAAUCUAUCCCCAGCUAGCCAAUCCCCCGAAAAUGGGGCCCACCAUUUGCACAUUCGCCAUGACAGCCAGGCUGGCAGUCUCCAGCGGCGAGGGGCCCUCCUCCGUCGUCGCCGCGAUGCCUGUUUUCGGCCAGAGCCUACUCGCCGAAUCUUGGGAUUCGCCCGACGAAGGCGGCGAGUCACCCGGACGACCCCAGGUAAGCAGAGCCGCGUCAAAAGCGGGGAGCAGCAGCAGCGCGAGAGAUGAUCCCGGCAACAGCGGCAACAGCGGCGGCGGCGGCGGAGGAAGGGCUGGAGAGGACUUCGAAAUAGAGUUCCCGCCAACGGGUAGCUCUUCCCGGCUUGCCGCGGCUGCUGCUCGCAACGCGGCUGCUAGUGGCACCACUGCUGUUACCAGUGGUAGCCGAGAGUAUGGUACCGCCGCAUCGCCAGGCCUUGGCUCGGGUUCGCGAGGGAUAGAUCUACGGCGUGGAUUCGGGUCUCAGGGGGGGUCGCUCGAUCGAACGGCUCCGGGCAGCCGUUCCGCUCCGCAUGUGACCGUGGCGGCGGCGGCGGCGCUGGCGAUUGCGGCGGUGGAUAAAGAGCAGCGACAGGCGAAAGCGGCGGCAGCGGCGGAGGCGGCGGAGGCGGCGGGCACGGUUUCUGGGCCGUCGUCGUCGGCUCCGAGAGCAGAAGCUGCGAAUCUGCUCGGCCUGUCGGGACGAAGAGGAAGACGAGGCGACGGGGACUCGAGGGGAGGAUCUGGUGGUGCGGGAGGCGCAGCAGCAGCAGGGGCAGGAGCAGGAGCAGCGGGGGUGGCCUUGGGAAUGCCGCCGACUCCCAAGCGGGCGUCAAGGCACGGCCGGUCGCGGUCGUCCACGGCGUUCCUCUCCCUCUCGCUCUCCCCCUUCUCCUUCUCCUCCCAGACCUCCACCCCCUCGCGAUGUCCCCCUAGGGACUCAUCUCGCGCCGGAUUUAGUGGGCUCCAGUGGCGCAAGCCCGCGGCUUUCCCCUGCUGACGUGGCAGCAGCAGGAGCUCUCGCCACGUCAGCAUCGUCGGCGUCCCCCAGCCCGCGUUUGCAGGCGCCGCCGGACGGGCUGCAGCCGUCCUCGGAACUCGCUAAGAGCAGGCGCGGUAGAGGCAGCCACUCCCGCAGCCGCAGCUACUCCGAGCCUUUCUGGUUCCUCGGCCAAACCUCAGGCUUGGACUUGAAAAGCCCGGGCCGGUUCAGGUUCGGGCUCAAGGCUCUGUCCGUGAGCGGGGAAGGCGCAGGUGCGGGAGUAGGUUAUAGUGACAGUGGGGCAUCGUCGUCAGGGGACGACGCGUGGAGGGGGUUGGGUAGGAGAGGCAGAAGAAUUCUAGAAGGAAGCGGCGCAGCUGGUAAUUAUGGGAGUUGGAGCAAAAGCCGCAGCAGAGGAGGCACACUGAGUCCUAUCCGCUCCGACAGUUUCGACCGCUCACACGGUGACACGUGUCACUCCGCAACCGGCACUUCUGCUUCCCCACCCCACGGCCGCGUAUCGUUCUCCGCCAGUGCGCUCCCCCCGCUCGCCAUCCCCCCCUCCUCCAGCCUCGACGACACUCCCCAAGCCAGCCCCUUGCUUCAGGGGGGGGCGGCGGCGGAAGGUCCUCCUCCCGCCUCCAGCCGUUCUCCCCCAGUCUUCUUCCCCCGAUUCGCGCACGCACUGGCGCAGGCGGCGGAAGCGGAAGCGGAGGCGGAGGCGGAAGCGGGUUCAGCCCAUGCGAAAGUCCGCAUUCCAGCAGGGGCGCGGGGAGCGCGACGGGAAGCGCGGCUAAUAGUACCGCAAAUAGUCCGCGGAUGCCCUUUAGUCCGCUAAGGUGGGCGGGACUAGGCGCUUUAGGGUUUCGAACGUCGUCUAGUCAUAAAGCGAGCACCGGGGG